UUAUUGAAAUACCGCUAAAGAAAAAAGGUGAGUAAUCGCGUUUCCACCUUGCCGCAUGUCUACAAACAAACAAAAGAACAACUCGUAGAGUCAAAAACAACAUGUGGCGAUUCCUUUGCCAGAGGAUGCGAGUAAAAGAACUUAGGAAUUGAUAUUAUAAAGAAAGAUGCUGGAUGAAUACAACAGUUGAGUACCUAUUAUCCAGUUUUUAACAAGACGAACCCCUGCUGCAUCGGCGCUAUGGCAUCGCAAAGCUCGUUAUGCGUUGCAAAUAUGUGUUGGUCUGGAACAAUGCUAAUGCAACUUUUCAUGCUCCUAAAUCUGGAGCAUGCAAAAAUCUGUGUUGCAUGAUCACCAAAAGCUAUCUACUUUUGACCAAGUUGAGGGAGUUUCGCAACAUACAGGCAGGAUAGACAUGCGAGGGGCAUCUUCUCAGUCCUCUCACAGUAUCUGUUUGUUAUGCUAUGUCGUGCAUUCCAGAUCUCAUGGGUCAUGCAAGAAGAGCUGCAUGGCACCAGACAGAGACACGUUUGCAUUUGAGACUCGUGGGAGCCGCUACUCCUUUCCGACACGCCGCCUCCACAGGAGCCGAGAUGUCCAGAGGAUCGUAAUGUUUUUAUAGUAGUUCUAGUUUUGGAUACUGGGACGAGUACAUGAAGAUUUUCAUUUACGCAAUCAAGUUUUUCCCGAGUGGUUCGUUUCUGAGAUCUACUUUGCUGCAUGAGUCGCAUGUCUUUUCUUCACAACAGAAACGGGCAUGAAACUGAAAAAGAAAUAACUGAGAUAAUAUACAUCCAUAAAAACCAAGUAUAGAAAAUGAAAAUUGGAAAUGAUGAUCCAUCGGCCAUCGCAAUACUCCCGUAGCUAAGGAGUUCAAGUUGAGAAAAUUUCACGAAAAUUUCCCGAUGCAGAUGUCAAUCAGGGUGUAUCAACUGCAAACAUGUCUGGACCCGGAAGUAGAAAUCGACUUGAUGUCAUACUCCGCUAGCAUGAAUCUCAAGCCUGUCAUGCACGUCACCCAAACGCCCCAUUUUUCUGCCAUGAUGCAAAAACGCAGCUUCCCAUGCAGGAUAGUUAGACAAUGACAACACUGACAAAGCACCUCAGAGCCUUGUCAUGCUGGAGCGUGAAUUGUGGCAGGAGGCGUCCUCAAGACUCGCCAACCAGCAUCACGAGUUUCCAAACCCAGACGCUUUUGCAUUUGAUAGGGAGAUGGGGGGCCAGUUGAUUUGUUAUCCGACCGCCGCAUCUCGCCAUAAUUGCGCAAACGGAACCCCUUGCUGCAUCUAUUUGCAGAAGAAACCGGACCUUCGCUUCUGGAGUCACUGUAAUUAUAACCACCGCUUUUGCAUGGAAUCACAAUCAAUUGUUCCUCAAGAGGAACUUUGUCUUGUAAAAAAACGGCAAAAAGUUCCUGGAGCGAUCAUGACGAUUUUCCACAACUCGACAGCGGUUCUUAUGGCAGUCUCAAAGGCUACACCCUCGACUACCAUACGACUUUUCAUGCAAGGCUAAGUUCAUUAUCGUUAUCCACAACGUGAAGGUGGCUCGCAUGACAAAUUCUUGAAGGGGUAAAUUAAUAGCAUGGAAAUCCGUUCCAACUUUGUAUACGCAACAAGAAAACAUCAAAACUGAAUGCUCCCGGCCAAUAUUUCUAUCCUUGUUGCGCCACAAAUUCAUGCAACAGUUGAAAGUCUGACCUUUGAGAAUCCCAUAGCUCUCGGUCUCAGCGAAGCUUGCAAAUCUGCAGCUGGUCGAAGAGGUAAACAUAGCUUUUUCAUGUUCUGCUUCUGAUAAAUAAAAGCGCAUAAAUCAUAAAUAUUACGUAACUCGCCGAUCAUAAUUGUAGUACUACACGUUCUUUCCAAGAGGACCCUCAUUUGGAUAUGUGCAUGCCUGGUCAUGAAGAUUCCGCAUACUCAUUGCAAAAGUAUCUCUAUCUUCGUAGAAAUAACACUAUGACUCCUACGGAGAUUUCAUCUUCAAGUUGAAAAAUCUCAUACGUCAUUGAUUUGCUUUGCUGGAUGAUGGCAGGGCAUGGAUGAUUGAAGCUGUAUUCGUCUUCAUGCAGUUAUUCCAUCUAGUGGGAACUACCGGAACUUACUACGAUAAUAUUAAUAACGGUGACGAUAUUACUUUCCUCGCAGUUGAUCAUACUGCAAAGAAGGCGGCACUUUUCUGCAGGCCGAACGACGCGUGGAGCGCGCGGAGCAGGGCGCACAGGAGAGAUUGGAGCGAUUCAAAGAGGAGUAUCGUGAGAAAGAAGUGUUUCAUUGUAAGGAUUUUGAUGCAUGAUUUGCAUUACAAGUUCGCUACGCAUGACAAAGCAGACUUGAAAACACGUUUUAAAGCACAAUGUCUUACAUAUGGAGCAAGACAAAUAAUGCGUCUGUGAGUGUUGCACUUUCAUAUGCAUCAUGAUCAUAAGUUUCCAGCGAAGCAUUUUUUUCUUCCGAUAAACCGCAGCUUCUCUCGAAAAGAUGCAGCCACGCAAAGUGCUCAUCUUUUCAACUUUGCAAGCUAUCAAAUUUUGAAAAGAUGCUGCUUCUGCAUCUUUUCAAAUUUUGAUAGGUGGCUCCUCACUCUCCAAAUUUUGAAAAGAUGCUGAAGGAAACAUCUUUUCAAAAUUUGACAACCCGAACAACGCAAGUAUCAAAUUUUGAAAAGAUGCUCUUUCUGCAUCUUUUCAAAUUUUGAUAGGUGGCUGCUCACUUUCCAAAUUUUGAAAAGAUGCUGAAGGAGACAUCUUUUCAAAAUUUGACAACCUCAACAACACAAGCACUUGCUUUGUUGAGGUUGUCAAAUUUUGAAAAGAUGUCUCCUUCAGCAUCUUUUCAAAAUUUGACAACCUUUUUGACAACCCCUUCGAUGAGGUUAAAAAAGAGCUCAUUAACUUAAGCUAUUCCCCACGGUAUGGUGGAUUUUGAUAAACCUCUUUGACAACCCCUUUGAUGAACCUAGACAGAGAAUUGCUGACGAGAGUCCAAGGCUUUAACUUGCGCUCCUGCUGGCGGGUCGCCAGAUGAUAAGCAAGGCCGUGCCUCUGGCGACACCUGUUUGCUUGCCUCUUUUGUGGCUCCGAAGAUUGCGAAGAUGCCCCCUCGGCAAGUUUGCGAAUUUUGAAAGCCACGCAGAAGAGUAGGCUGCUCACCCUUUCCGCGGCUGUCGAAAUUUGAAAAGAUGCGUUGGUAGCAUCUUUUCAAAUUUUGGAAGCCACAGAAGACUGAGCUGACCUCCCUUUGCGUGGUUUCUCAAAUUUGAAAAGAUGCUCCCUCGGCAUCUUUUCAAAUCCUGAAAACCACAGAUCAGCCAGCUGCCCUCCUCGUCUGCGGCAUGUCAAAUUUGAAAAGAUGCUCCUUCAGCAUCUUUUCGAAUCUUGGCAACCUCAGGACAGAAAACGGAUCGGCUCUUCUGCGGCUUCGAAGAUUGAAAAGUUGCUUCUUUAGCAUCUUUUCAAAUUUUGAAAACCACAGACGAGUAAGCCGACCCCGUCUUCUGCGGCUUCAAAAAUUGAAAAGAUGCUCCUUCAGCAUCUUUUCAAAUUUUGAAAAGCACAGAAGAGCAGGCGACCCUCCUCUUUAGGGCCUUUUGAAAUUCGAAGAGAUGUUCCUUCAGCAUCUUUUCAAAUCCUGGAAACCACAGAAGAGUAAACUGCUCGGGUCUCUUGUGGCUUCGUUAUGGAAAAGAUGCUCCUUCAGCAUCUUUUCAAAUUUUGCAGGCCAAAGGCCACGCGCUUCAGAUUUGACAAGUUGCUGAAAGGGCAUCUUUUCAAAUCUCAAGAACCACAGGAGAGCACAGCAGCUUUUUCGUCUGUUGGUUUUCAGAUUUGAAUAGAUGCGCCCCGAGGCAUAUUUCCCCGCUUCAGCCGCAUCCACAUUUGAAAAGGUUGCGCCAUGAAACACGAGCCACCUCGUCAGGGGUUGCUCGCUCCUCAGGUCUCCCGGAUCUGUCGACCCCUUUGGCUUCUCGGACAGCUGUGGUCUGUGCGCGCCUCCCUAUUCUACCGAGACCUCCCAUUCCAGUUGACUUUUCCGAGUUUCCCAGCCUACGCCGCCUGUCCUCAUUUUAUUGGGUGCGCGCCAAGUCCUGAACCGCUAGGGGUUUGGGAAGCUGCGCAGAAGAUGCGGCGGGCGUUGUUUCCGAAUCAGGCCCAAGCCAGGCCGGGGCUGAUAAGAGGGGAGGCGCAGCCUUUCGCUUGGCUGCGCCUUGUCGAAGGUAAAUUGGCCAGGGGCAUUUUCCGCGUUUGUCGCUAUUGCCGGGCGCCUUUCCUUACCUGCGCAAGCAGAGGCGCGCUCAGGGUCCAUGGCCUCAUAUGAUUGGGAGGCCCGUUUGGGUGGAUUUUCUCUUUGGGGUGUUUGGCUUGCGUUUCUGCCCCGGGCCUCGGGGCAGAAAUAGAACAGCCCGGCUUGGCGCGUUUGCAAAGGCGGACGCGCAGCCGCCAUCGAAGAGGCGCUACGCGAUAAUCGGCGAGGGCGCCGAGCAAUCAACUGGCCAAAAUUUGAAAAGAUGGGCGAAAAGGUGGAUAUUUUAGGGCCUUCACAUAAGUUUCCAGCGAAGCAUUUUUUUCUUCCGAUAAACCGCAGCUUCUCGGUGGGCGGCGUCUGGCCUUAUGGACUUCUCAAACGUUACAUUGUCAACUGUAGUUACACGAUUUUGUCGUGAUUCAAAAUCACUAUCAACAUCGCCACGAUCUUCAAGCUACUUCGCAUGACAAAUUUUCGACGCGUUAAAUAGCACUAGAAUCCGCGCCAAAUGUGUAAUGCAAGACACGCAAGGACGAGAAGGAAAGGAUCUCCCUCUCAGUCUAGCCUGUGCUAUUCUUGCAUGACAAAUCAUGUAACAGUUGAGAAUGUAACGGUUGAGAACGCCAUAGGCCUCGAAUUGCUCUUCGGAUCGUGGGCCACUGAAAACCGUUAUGACAGUGCACAACUCCCCCUCCCCCUCAUUUCUCAUGCAAAAUACCCAAUCCUCCCAUUGCCUCUUGGCACUGUUUGCACUACAAGUUUUGAUAGCCCAAAUAGCACUACACUCCACGACUCCAGUGCAGCUUUGUCAUGCAAAACCGGCAUUCUUGCUGAUGCUUGUAUUGCCGUUCAUGCUAUACAAAUGAGGGGGAGGGGGAGUUGUGCACUGUCAUAACCGUCUCCGUCGGCGGGUACGGUUCCACGAGACCGAUGUACGUAUUCCCUGAACAUUAACCAUCCCCAUCCAGUUUGUCAUCGCAAAACUGCAUGUAGUAAAUUCAAUGUGUGUAGUAGUCAUGCAGAAAAUGGAUGGAGGUGGUUGAUUUUCAGGGAAUAGUACGCGCAUGACCCGUAUGUGGGCAUGUCUGCCAACGAGAGACUGGACAUAAUGACCCGGAAGAUCGCCCACGCAGUGGGAUCCCGCCCAGCGAGGGAAUACUCCUGGGAGACCAACAGCGAGAAUUCGCAGGGAAUGUUUGCACCCUCGGAGUCGGAACGGAGCAGCAUACACCGCGAACCACCUCGACAGAUCGCGUCCCAUCGGAAGCAGCCGCGCGAGAUGGUAUGGGAAGAGGGCAUAUGGAUUGCAAAAAUGUCUGGGUCUGGAAGAAUGCAGAUGUUUGUCAUGCUGCUUUUGCAUGACAUAAAUAUAGAGAUGAAAAAGGUGAUCUUCCCGCGUGUUCUUAUCCCUAAGAAAAAUCGCGCCAUACCGUCGCGAUUCGUGGGCUUUUUUUAUUCUAGGCAAGGCCUGGCCUGUCUGAGGCUAACAAAAGCGCCACCGCCCAGGGCUAUCCAAAGCCUUCGCCGCGCAUCAUCCAGAGGGUCGCGCUUUCGUGCUUAGCGCAGCCCCAGCUCAUGCGCCAGGGAACGCUCUGCACACUGACAGAAUAACCGCCGGCCACUGAGUCCAAGUUCGCGCGCCCGGGCGCGAGCUGAUGCCCCACCCAAAGAGCCCCCCCAAGCCGGGGCUACGCCGGCGGUCGCACCGGGCCGCGGCAGUGAGUGUGCGCGCCCACUCGUCUCUCUUUGUGUCAGGCAGCAGAUGAUGGCCCCUCCGGUGUUGUCUUUGGUGCCUGCGCCGUGCCGUCGGUCCUAAAUUAGGACCGGUGGGGCGCUGGCUCCAUAAAAUGAUACGUAUAUGGCUAUGGGACCACGUCCACGAAGCAAAGACGGUGCUUCAGCUGCGCACGUUCCCGCUCGUGCAUAGAUAAGAACACUACUGCAGCGACCUGCUGUGGUGUUUUGGGAUGAAGCCGAGUUGUAGCUUCGGCUCCAAAUGUUCCCGUUCUCGUUUUCUGUUGUUCUUAUCCUCCAACUCCGUGCAUAGAUAAAGAAGUUCUCAUCUAUGCACGGAGAUGAUUGGACGAUCAGAAUUGAAGCUUCUCCUCCAGAUGUUCCCGUUCUUUCAAAAUUGUUGUUCUUAUCCCUCCUGUUCGUGCAUAGAUAAGAACACCAUUUUUAGGUCGUUACAAACAUGUUCUUAUCUAUGCACCAUUUGGAGGAUAAGAACAGCACUUUUGCGAGAACGGGAACCUCUGGCGCAGAAGAUGUCAUUCUGCUUCGUGCCAGCCACCAACUUCAGGUCGUUACAAACGUGCUCUUAUCUAUGCACGGCGUGGAGGAUAAGAGCAGCAGUGUUCGAGAACGGGAACAUUUGGCGCAGAAGCUCCAACUCUGCUUCAUGCCAAAACAUCAAUGCCAGGGCGUUGCAGUAGGUGUUCUUAUCUAUCUCUCCGAAGCGUUCAAACGAGUACCAGGCGGGAAGCUUUCAAGGUCUUCUGCCAGUGCGUCCACCAUCGCCGCGAAAGCGGUGCCAACGGUGAGUGAGUGGGGCGGUGGGUGGGAGAUUGGGUUGCGCUUGAAGAGUUCCAAGGGUUCACGAGGGGCCUGCGCACCAAGUCCGCACGAGCCGGCUUGCGGCCUUUUUUGGGUUGCGAGUACGUAGGGCCCGGGGCCGCGGAAAAGAUGCUCGCCUGCGCCGGAUGGCUGUGUUGUGAGUGCCCGUUGGGCGCGUCGAUCUGCGCAAUGGGGGGGCCUCAUUAGUCUAGGUCUAGGUUCGCCGGGGUGCUGAAAUGCCUGCUGGUUCCUCUAGAACGACGCCUGGGCCGCGUGCAAAAACCCACCAGGGGAGGCAACAGCACUUCUACGCAGGCGCGACCAUAAAAACUGCAGCGCCUGCUUUGGCGCAAAAAAAAAGGCAAAUCCCGACGGUAUGCUGCGAAUUUCUUUAGGGAUAAGAACAAUGCUGAAGAUCACCUAUUUCGUCUCUAUAAUAAAAUAAAUAUCUGCCAUGGAAGCUCUAGCAUCACAGAUUUCGAGAAGCUUCCGCUUUGCUUAAUCCGCAUGACAAAUCCCCCACUUUGGUUACAGGAAAUGGGCACCUUUUGCUGCCUAUGCAUGAGAGAUUUGUCUGUGCUGUGAAAUGCGCAUCACAAGUUCGCAUCCUUCCAGACCCAGACACUUUUGCAUUUGAUAGGGCAGUGACCACACUUACCGCAGCGGUCAAAGUAGCCAAAUCGAGGACCACACGCGCGACCCGUUCAGCGGCCCACUGACCAGCCAAGUUCCCGUGGGGGGAUUCAGAACCAAGUACCAGGCUCUGGGGUCCGUUUCCGACGUGGACGCGGCACUUGCCACUCAGGGAGACCUUGAUAUGGGACUCUCAAACCUUACGCUGCUCCUGCUCCUGCUCUCCACUGUAGUUUUUACAUUAUUCAUUGCAAUGUAAAAGUUUAAGUUUCAUCAGAUAUUAACUCUAACAAACCGUACCGCAGGCGAACUGCGAGGGUUGGUGAUGCUUAGCCCCUGGUCUUUUUGGUUGAAGCGAAGAAAACACCAUUACAAACGGAAGCGAGCGCCAGCUAGAAUGGGUGCGGCGCGUGAGUGGAUACUUCUGCCCGCGGGGUCCUACACAGCGGACGGCUAAGACAGGAGCGCCCCCCCGACCUAGAGACGCUGAAUCCUUCCACCACAUACUAGGUGCUCGUCCCACCUAGCUGGCAAUAAGUAGGUCGCUCGGUGGUCAUGGUCAACGGCCCCCGCAGGUACCGGGUCACUGUUAACCGACUAUGCACGCAUUUCCACAACCUAGAUCCUCUUCCGUAUUCUACAGCCAUAAUUCAUCGCCACCCAUGCAGAAUUACGAUCAGCAUCGACACGAUCAGGCUACUCUGUCUCAUAUAAUGUCGACACUGGAUCACUCUGCUGCUUUGGGCUUUGUCGCGCUUGUCUAGUUGGCUGUGCUUUAUUGGCCGGGUGUAGUGGGUAGUUCCCGACUGGUCAGCCUUUUUCGAGGCGAGUGAUCGAGGUAGCGCUCGACUUUGUAUGUUAAGGUCCUCGCCGAAAAAAACCGCUUUAUAUCAUCCUCGCCGAAAACCCAAGAAGUUGAGUGUGUGGUCCUUUGACGCUGGGUCGUUGAUCCUUGGCCUUUGACGCUGGGUCGUGAGGGUUUCCUCAACUACAUGAUGACGAGGCUUCCAGUUCGCAUGACAAAUUAUCAAAGGGCCAAACAGCAACAGCACGGAGAUCUUCUGUGCCAACUCUGUAAUGCAAGUAGGCGCUGGUGAUCCGUCGUGGUCCACCCUUUUUUCUUCAUUCUUACUUUAUUCUUGCAUGACGAAUUGAUGUAACUACAGCUGGGAAUGGUGUAACGCUAACGCUUGAGAGUCCCAUAGCUGAGCGACAGCGGUCCGAAGACCUGGCGGGGCGAAACCGAUUGGGUACUCAUUUUUUCAGAAGAGCAUGGAUUCAAUACAGUUUUGAGAUCAACAUUGUCUUGGUCGUCCUCGUCUUUCUCGUGCACCAGCACUUGGGGGAUACUUCUGAGUACACUGUGGCAAAAAUGUUUUACUUCUACGGAAAAGUGUUAAACUUGAAAUUUUUGAUCUCACGAGCCGGUCUGGACUCUGCAUGAAAAUUUUGUUCUUUUUUCUGGUUUCUUUCCCCAUCCACUGCUUCACGACACCUCCACAUCGCAUUUGAAGGUGAUCCGCUCCAGCCUCUCCAACCACCGCUGCCGACGCUGGAGGAGAUAAUCCAGGAGGAGGCAACGAAAACCCAGUCCAUAUGCAUUGCAGCAAAAUUAUCGUACUAGCAGUAAAAAUUGCAGCAUGAUAUUUUUUUUUCAAUUUCAGGAUGAUAAAACUUUUUGUACCUAUAAGAAUGAAUUUAAAAUGAAUGUAAUGCGUGCCCCUGUUCUAUGAUAGAGAUAGUAGAUUACUACGAGCAGAUAUGCACAGAAAAAAGUGUUACAGUUACACAUUUGUUGUCAAUUCAGCAACGCAAAUUUAUCUGCAUGAGAAAGAAAACUUGCAAUGCAGAAAUCCUACGGGAAAACACCUAGGAAACGAGGCUGCUAUGCAUAUCCGGCAUGACAGAGCUUGUCUGUCUUGCUUGGCCUGCAGCACAAUGUGUAACUGCAACACUCUUUUCUCGCGAUAGCCGAAGUCGUGCGAUACUUUUGUAAUGAAUAAUGAAUCCCGCUCGAAGAUUACUCGGUGGAGAGGGUGUACUUUAACCAUGACCUCGGAAACCGGCUUUUGCAGCAAGAAGAGUUGCGACAGAGUCAACUGGUAUCCAUUGCAAAUACGUCAUCUGGGUCUGGAUAGGCAUAGGAGCCAACAUGCUGAGCCUUGCAUGGAAAAUCCAAAUGAUCCGCCGCACGUAUGGCCGCAUGAGCGCAUUGAUUUUUACAACAAGUUUCUCGGGCCAUCUUGUUAUCGCGAGUUCAACAUUCGUAUUUAGUAUGACAAACUGCCACCUUUCAGCACGACAAAAUAAAAAACUGGGUAAAAUAAAUCCUCUUCAUAAUGCAGUACAGAUCCUGUUGCCCACUUCCACAUCACGCAUCAGAGGACAUAUUUGCAAUGCAUAACUGGCACAGCAGCAGCAGGAGGGAGGAGACCCACAAGUGGGACAGCAAGACUGAAUGUAGGCGAAUUUGAAAAUUUUAAGGUGAUGAACAGAAAAUAAAAUUCAUCCACUCGCUAGAAACCUGAACCAAACAAGCUUUACAUUCUUUAUGACUAAGAUGACAAAAUCAGAAGAGUUAGAGUACUAGCAAAAGAAAAGCAAGGGAAAGCCAAAAUAAAGCUAGCGAACGAAUGCAGUAGUGAAAGAAGGUAACUCGAAGGAAAAACGAAAGAAAAAGUAAGAGCUUCGCUUUUGUCAAAUCAGUAAAUGUCAAAGAAGUCCUUGAUAGUUGUUAGUAGCGCUGCUAGAGGAAAUCCAUGAGUAUCACUAUGUUGUAUCAGGCGGCUCCUCAUCGAUCAUCUUCAUUUGAGCCGGGUGGAAUUAUGAUUGGAAUUUGAUUUAUCGAGAAGGAGAUGAAUUAAGGCUGACCUCGUAGUAGUUACGUUAGGCUUACGCAAAGUGAAGAAUUCACUUCGCCGCGGAUUCACUGUAAGGAUUUUGCCACGACCUACGGAGCUCCUGUUUCUUCAGUUUGAUCGAUCCAGGCAUAUCAUGUUUCGUGGUGCUGUAAAAGUAAAGGGGAAGAACGGCACACGGACGGCUUUGUGUCGCGUCGUCCGAACAUCACGCUAGCAAAAGUAGAUGAGACUUCCUCAUGUUCUUCUUCUUGCAAGAAAUAAACAUUAUGAUGUGCUCACUUAAGGCGCGGUUGUCUCGUCUCUGCUCCUCGCGACCUAUAGGAGAAGAGCUCGACCAGAUAAAUAGCGACUCGAGUGGUCCAACACAGAUAGAGCAUCCAAACACUCACCCUCGUACUUCAGCGUGGUUGCAGUAGAGGAGAUAAACAUUAACAUACAUCACGGCCUAGCUGCAGCUCACAGAUCGAGUGCAAUAGAAUAAACAUGCGAUGUAAAAAAAUCUCAGCGAAAUAAUCACAUUGAUGACGAAGAUUUUGCUAUCGUUCGUGAUCGUGUCCACAGCAGCCUGAUCGAUCAUGUGUGUUUCCUUGUAGUGUAUGUGUUGUGCAUAUUCGCGUCGGUUUAUCUUCAUC